UUCUUCCAAAGGUUAACAAUAUUCUCAAUUAACCAUCAUAUUUUAGCACUGAGAAGGUAAAGAGUCAAGAGUGUGAAAUAAAAUAAAAUAACUCUUUACCUUUUCUUUUAAUCUGCAACCGGUUGCAAGUAGUGAAUUACUUUUCCCCCAAGUGUUCUGCAUAUCAUUGGCAUAACAUGAGUGGAUCAGGAAAGGGUUUGCUGGGCAUGUGGCUCUACAGGAGAGGAGAAGAAUGGGCUAUCAAGGAAGGAAGUCCCAUGCACAAAUCUAAAGAUAUGCCGAUGGUCGAAAAACGAGAGCAAUCAGACACGAAGAAUUCCGUGGUAUUUUCCCUGAAGGAUCAAGUUGGAGGAUUAGCUCGAGCACUCCAAGUAUUUCAAGAUUUGGGGGUGAAUGUCGUGCAUAUUGAGUCGAGGAAGUCCGUUCGACGUGGCUCAGAGUACGAAAUACUCGUUGAUGUGGAGUGUGAGCACAAGAGGAUGGAACAACUCAUGAGAAUGCUGAGCAGAGAAGUAGCUGCUAUUAAUUUAUCGCAGUAUGAGCAGAUUGGCAAUGUUCCGCGUCCAUGUCUCUCUACUGCACAAAGUUUUGAUUUCAGUGAAGUGGAUAUGCCAUGGUUUCCGCGAAAAAUAUCCGAUCUCGAUCAGGCACAGAAAGUUUUGAUGUAUGGAAUGGAAUUGGAUGCGGAUCACCCAGGAUUCAAAGAUCCUGUCUAUAGAAAACGUCGGGAGCAAUUCGCAGACAUUGCUAAUAAUUACAGACAUGGACAAGGUAUUCCAAGAGUGCAGUACACACCAGAGGAGGUGAAGACCUGGGCUACUGUCUUCCGUGAAUUGCAUCAACUCUAUUUGAAACACGCGUGUAAAGAAUACCUCGAUAAUUGGCCUAAAUUGGUUAAAUAUUGUGGCUAUAGAGAAGACAAUAUUCCUCAACUGCAAGACAUCUCCAACUUUCUGAAACGAAUGACUGGAUUUCAACUGCGACCAGUCGCUGGAUAUUUGUCACCUCGAGAUUUUCUCGCGGGACUAGCAUUUCGAGUUUUUCACUGCACUCAGUACAUACGACACUCUUCAGACCCUUUCUAUACACCUGAACCGGACUGUUGCCACGAGCUUCUGGGGCAUAUGCCUCUCCUGGCGAACCCCAGCUUUGCCCAAUUUUCCCAAGAGCUUGGAUUAGCGUCACUAGGAGCUUCUGAUGCAGACAUUGAUAAACUCGCGACGCUGUAUUUCUUCACCGUUGAAUUCGGCUUGUGCAAACAGGAUGGCGUCCUCAGGGUUUAUGGGGCAGGUCUACUCUCUUCUGUAGCAGAACUACGACAUGCCGUCACUACGGAAGAAAAAAUUCUGCGAUUCGAACCGGAAAUCACGUGCAAACAGGAGUGCAUUAUCACGGCUUUUCAGAAUGCUUAUUAUUACACCGAAAGCAUCGAGGAAGCUAAAGAAAAGAUGCGGGCCUUCGCCAAUCAGAUUCAACGUCCGUUCGGGAUUCGCUACAAUCCUUAUACCCAAUCGGUGGAGGUUCUUACAGAUGCCCAGAAAAUUACAGCCCUCGUGAGUGAGCUCCGGGGUGAUCUCUGCAUUGUAUCGAAUGCCUUGCGAAAAAUCCAGGAACAAGACGACACGGUCGAUAUUGAGAGGAUAACGAGUCUUUUGACUCAAGGAAUCGACUUGCCCCAGGAGUCCUCAUCCUCGGACAGCGACGAUGGCGAUAAAAGCCCAAAUCUCCAGGAACCUGAAAGGAACAUCGACAACAGUACCAGUCAAGAGGAAUAUCAUCCUGACCCCAACCUCCUAGAUCGUCAGCGUUGAACGUAAAUAUUUGGACCGCCUCGGAAGUAAGGAAAAAACAGGAAAAUGCGAGCAAGACUUUUCUUUUUUCUCUUCGUUUUCUUCUUUUUUUUGCUUGAUUGAAAUUCUAUCAAAUUUCAUUGACGAUUUUGGACAAACGAAUCAUUGUCAAACAAAUUAAUGAAUUUUUAUAUUUUAUGGAUGUGAUUUCUCAUUCAUUGUACAUUUUUUCGUCGUGAUAUCUGUCUUUCUUUUACCUCCGAGGCUAUUUAAUAAUUCAGAAAUAUAGAUAAUAAGAUAUAGAACAUCAAAGAGAUUCAUUUCUUUCCGCUGAAUAUGCCGAUUCUAUACAUCGAUGAAAAUUGAAUGACAAUUCAAUGCCCCCGGGGAUGUAACCACAUAAAAUUCGCACCAAACAGGUGAAUCCCUGAAGAAAUAAAUCACAGAAAGAAUAGUACAUUUUAAAUGGUCUCUAAUAGCAAGUUGUAUUAGCUCUCGCUUACCGCAUGUACCUGUUAAAAAAUGCUUGAUAUUAAUGUUGACAAAUAUAUUAUCGACGAUGAAAUAAUAAUGAGAAUAAUAAAUUGAAUGUGAAAUCUGGAAA